UCUCUACCCGCCAUCAGAUAUCUCUCAGUGCCUGUGGAUAAAUGGCGGAUCGAAAAACAAGAUGUGAUGAGGCUAUGGAGCUUCUCUCAGUUGGGACAUAUGGAGAUGCGAGACCUUGACUCCUUCCUUCGGACAGUACAACCGUCGACUUACGAUCGCGACCAAAAGCAGACUGCCCUUUACUGAAUCAACUCCUCACCUCACUGCCUCUUCUAGAGUCUAUCGACGUGUCGACCAUGCUCAGUAAUUUUGAUAUUGCGUCGUUUAACGGGAAGCGCUCGCUUCGAGCUCUGCGUGUUUGCGAUAUCAACGAAACCUAUCAGAAUAGGCUCAUGAUCGAGUUUUGCAGGCUUCGUGGACCCUCAAAGCUGAAGGGACGCUUUCGAAAUUCUCGUGUAUUAUCGGCAUCCCGUGAAUUCUUCGCAACUUUCGCUCCGACUGUAUUUCCCGCGUUGUCAUCGAGUGAUAUAACCAUAAUCUGUGGAUAUUGUCCUUUGAUUGAGAAUCUGGACCUUGAAAUUGAUAGGACCAACCAUGAUCAUCUCCAACUUUUGCAAGCCAUCAUCGUCUUUCCUCCACUGCGUUCAUUGACACUGAGGACCCAAACACUGGGUUCCGAGCUGGACGAACAUAAUAAAGAUCGAGAUCUCGAUAGUGAGUUUGUCGAAACUACUUGGCGAAUUCUCCGCACACCCAAGAAGCAUUUACCACUUGCCAAGUUGAAGGUUGAGAUAUCUCAAAUUGUGUAUGUGAUCAAGGCUGAAAGAAAGCCCGAGAGUCUGGACUGGGAUGCUCUUGAGGCUUCGCGACACCCUCCGCGCGCCACAAGAAUAUUUAACAUAUCUUGGGAGCUUGAGAGCCCUGAAGAAUGGGUUUCAGGGUGGGAAUAG